AUGAAGGAGCAUGCAUUUCCCUUUUUACAGGAAAAGUCAUCUCGCUUGUCAGCAGCGUUAUUUGGUGAGGACUGCGAAAUCAGCCAUGACCAGCUGUAUGAGUUGUUAAAGUAUGCAGCUUUGGGAAAAUGCCACAAUGCAACACAAGCCAGCUGGUGCCGUAUUUAUCACCAAAGCCACCUGGCUGGGGUUGUGGUUAUUGUUCUACAUGAAAUGAGCCAACUCCAUUUCUACAAAUUCUAUUUGCAGUUCAAACACCUCAGAAAAGUCUUCCGGCAUAGAUUCACAUUAACACCUUCUGGCAACUUCCUAGCCAGCCUGUAUGGAGAAGGAGCAAAUCUGAAACCUCAAAACACUGCACAAGGUUUGACUUCCACUAGCAGUGAAUGUAUUCCUAAAAGUUCGGACUUGCAGUGUGAUCCCAUCAUUCGGAAAUACGGAUUAAAAAAACGAGGCCUUACUAGCUAUACUCUAACUUUAGAAGAGCAGAAAAAAAAUUACUAUCCCAUAAAAGGCUCCCCUGGAUGUAAGGGUUAUAUAUAUACAGAGUGUGAUCAGCAGAGGACGGACAGCAGCCCCCUCUUUGGUCUGGAUUGUGAAAUGUGCCUGACUGCAAAAGGAAAUGAAGUCACUCGUGUCUCUUUGGUGGAUGCACAGGGCCAGUGCCUCUUGAAUGAACUAGUCAAACCUGAAAGCACAGUAGUGAACUACCGCACCAGAUUCUCAGGAAUCACAAAAAAAAUGCUUCUUCCAGUGAAAACAAGACUGCCAGACAUCCAAACCAGACUAAAAAAAAUGCUUCCUCAUGAUGCGGUAUUGGUGGGUCAUUCUCUAAAUGCUGAUCUCCAGGCUUUGGAAAUGAUCCACCCCAGUGUUAUUGAUACUUCAUUACUAUUUGCCAGAAAUGAAGGUCGAAGAUUUAAGCUAAAAUUUCUAGCCAAAGCUGUUUUAGGGAAGGAGAUUCAGUGUGAACAGAAGCUUGGGCAUGAUCCUGCAGAAGAUGCUAGAGCUGCAUUGGAAUUGGCUCAAUUCUUUAUUGAGCAAGGACCAGCAAAGGUAGCAGAACUAAACUUGGAGAUGCUUCUGACAACUGAAAAACUGGCCGAGGUCUCACAGAACAAAGCUGCGUUACAGCCACAAGGAUGUAAGGUCCAGAAACAGCUGAAUGAGCCUCCUCAUUUAUCUAAGCCAUGUUUUUUAGACUGCUUGCAGGUGACUGGCCAAAAGCCCCUCCUUUUGGGCAGACAGGAACUAGACUCUUCUGUCCUGUGUCAGAGUAACCUGAGCACUUCAAACAAACAGAUUCUUCAGAGAGCCUUAGAAGAUGUUCCCCUGUCCACAUUCAGCAUCGUUCAGUUCAGUUUGGGUCCAGACUACAUUGCAUCUCCCCUUCUUGCUGGACUUUGUGAAAAGGUGAGAAGCAAGCUGACUGACAUGCUGACAAUUUACGCAGGUCCUUUUGAAGAAAGCUUUUGCCUGAAGUCUGUGAAAAAAGAAUUUGGGAGGUGUGGACCAAUCCAGUCUCUUACAGUGGUAACUGAAACAUGCCAGCCCUAUGUCUGUAUCCAGUACGAGGUGCUGGAAGCUGCUCAGCUUGCUGUGGAAAGCCUAAAUGGAGCUGAGGUUGCAGGAUCCUGCAUUAAGGUUCAGAGACCUGUCACUGCAACUAUGCUGGACUGUGAUGUUUUGAUAAAGGAACUAGAACUGGAUGUAGAAAAUGAAGGUGUGAUUUAUGUAGCGGGUCUAAAGAAGUCAUUAACAGAGAUGGACUUGCAAGAAGAAUUCAGCCAACUGAAAGACCUGGAAACACUGUUCCUGCCAAAGGAUCUCCAGAGUGGAAAGCACAGGAACUGCUGUUUCCUCAAAUUCCAGAAAUCACAGAGUGCUGUGGAUGCCCUUGAAGUUAUAAACGGGUGGACCAUGAAGGGCAGUAAAUUAAGAAGUAGGAAUGCUCUUGCUUCGGGUCACCUCUGGAGAUGGAUUUGGCAAAUGAAUCGCAGCAAUGGGAAGCAAGGAGGAAACGUCUUAUAUGAGAAAAUGGAGCAACUGUCUGACUCUGAGCAGGAUCUAAGGAAAAAGGUGAAGAAGUUAGACCACCACAUCAAAAAGCUUUAUAGAAGUCUGCAGAGUAACACCCUGUGUGUUGUUCUCUUUCCUGGAGUGAACAGCAUGCACGGAUCACAAUCUGGCCUUGGUCUGAUGGGAAUAAAAGAUGACGGAGGGAAGAGUGCUUGUUAAACUGCCAAGCUUUUAAGCAAAGUCUUUUGUUAAGGUAUUUUUAAUUACUUUAAAUAUUGAUGUCUUUGUAAAGAUCCCUUACCAUAAGAACAAUAGGCCUUCACUCACUCUGUAUCUUUUACAAAGUCUAAAAAUAAAAGCUAUUCAAAACAUCUUAAAGCACAAAACCUUUUCCAUUAACCCUUCUUGCUGUGGCAGUUUUCCUCUGCAGCAGGUGAGUGAGGCAAGUGCAUAGGAAGUGCUGGGGGCAAACCAGGGAAGCAGCGCGAAAGCCCAUCAGUAUUGGCCUGUAAGCAGGAUCGCAGCAAGUCCCUUGUCCCGGAGCCUGACCUACCUGCUGGGCUGUCCUCACUGAAGCCUGCAGGCCCUAAAGCUGCACACCAAGCUACUGCAGUACCUGUGGCUCAGUGGUUAAAAGCCAUUCCCUGGAAUUGUGUGGAUUCCUGGCAAUGUGCUGUGCCAGCUCUGAGGCAGCCACUGCCUCCUUUCCCGGAAAGGACUGUACUUAGUCCAUGGAAAGGAGGAAUCGGUGAUUCAUACUUCUUGGACAAUCUCCACUUUCUCCUCCCUCCCUGACCACCCCCACACCCCUCACAUAGAAAAAAAAGAAAAAAGAGAAGUUGCAGUGUGGCGGUGGGAGGGGCAAGGGCCAUUUUAAGGAAAGCACACGGCUGUGCGAAGUGAAGAGCUGCAGUAAGGCUCAGUGCACGACCAGCAGCAGGAUGAGGGGAUUUACAGCCACUGCCAUCUAAAAUAAAGGCUGCUUGAGCAUCUCCUCUUAACAUACUGAAUUUCCAAGCAGGAGGACACCUAGGAGAGCUUUUGGCACACAAAAAAACCCCAAGAAAAAUUAAAAGGAAAUAUUACAAGAUUUGGAUGUGAGACAGAGGAUUUCUUGAUAUAAAUUAGAAUAGGCUGAGAUAAAGUUGAAAUAGUUAUUAUUCCAGAAAUUAUUAAAUACAGCUGGUAGAAUAUUUAUACCCUCCUGCUUACCAACCCCAAGUUCAUUUCGCUGGGGUCUUGAGCAAAGAGCAGCUUAUGGAGUAGAAGUUGGGAGCUGCUGUGUGGAGGAGCAGGCAAAAAUAAAGGCAAGGGAGAGGAAGGCAAACGCAGCAGUACCCCCGAGGCAGCACUAGUGAGUGGGUAGUAGAUGCUCACGUCAGUGUCGUACACGCCUACAUUUAAAGCCUCCAAAGCUCCUGAAAUGAAAUGUGUUGGUAAGCAAGAUGAAUGCAGCCAAUUUGUUUUCUUUUAAAAAGGUACUUUAUCCACUCCAAGUGAGCCUGGCAUCCUUGGGCUGUACCUGUUGCAAAUUGGGAUAAGCAUCAACAUCAGUGCUGGUACAAGGUGUGAAAGGGAGUCGGUCCCUUUGCCCUGCGCUGCCGGUCCCCACUGCAGCCCAGUGGGAGGGGUGGAUGGUGGCAGCCUGCCCGCAGCACUCAGCCCUCUGUAAGAGCAUGCUCCUGUGAAGACUCUUCCCAUCCAGCAUCUCCUCGUAGACACUUGCACUACAAAGUUGAAAAAAACCCAUCUAGUUUUCAUUCCACGCACUUAAAAAUGAUGUGGUCGCCUCCCUGCAAGGACUAGGCAGGAUUCAGUAAGCAUCCAGGAUUCCUGCUUGACAAACUCCAGAAGUGGCAAAUAAAACUAGCAAGAGUCCUAUUUAUAGGCAUGAAAAAAUAAUUAAUUUGUCCCCUUUUAAUUGAAAAUGUAAAAAGGACUUCAGGUUUAAAUAAGACAUUUUGUACAAAGCUUGAGCACAGAAAAGUGAACACCAACGUGUCAUUAUGUAAACACCACAAAUGUUACUCAUUUGUUCAGUAAUGCACAGAGCGGCGUGCAAGUUCCCUUUCCAGUGGAUUAGGUUUCUGUAGCUGUUCCCCUCCCUCCCCUCAGACCUUACUGGAACACAGGAAACCCAGCAGCUUUGGAACAUUUACAAAGCUACAGUAGUCAGGAUACAUGUGACUAAAGGAAUUUUUUUUUUUUUUUCUUUAAGGGAUUGGUCAUUUAAAUAUACAGAAGUACAAUAAUGUCACAGGUAAAUGAAUGGCAGCUUGGAUUAGAAAAAGCACCAAAAUAUUUAAUAUACAUCUGGCACAAAUUCCACAAGAAGUCAGUAAUGGACAAACCAAUGCUUUGCUUAUAAGAAAAGAAAAAAACCUCAGACUGCACUUAAUGCUCUUCUUCCAAAAGGGACACGACAAAAACAUUGCACUCAGGAUUGCUAUCAAGCAAAGACAACCUUCUUAUUACACCUAUUUGCAUUGUGCCUUAGAUUGCACAUUCUGUAAGAUGCUGUUUCCAUUCUGUUCCAGACAACGGUGAGCAAAAUUUGACAUAAGAAAAGUAAUGGUAAAACUACAAACCAGAUGGGACUCAGUAGAUGCAUCAGCUUGAACUUCUCCCACUUUUCCUCUAGAUCAUGGUUUCAAAUUUGGCCACAUCCCUUUAAAAAAAAGAUCCUGCAUGAAACAGAAUUUACUCCAGCCAUUUUCAAGCAUUACAUUUACACAGCACUUCUGAUGCUGCUGUCUGAAAGAGGAAGCACGGGUCUGCUCCACAACACACAAUACAUUCAUUAUUUCCCAGAGCGAGAAAAUUGGAUCAUACGGGGUUAUCUCUUGGGCAAGUCCGAAAAGGCAAAAACCACUCCCAACACAAAGAAUGGCAGAUUCGAUCCUACCCGCCCUUGGUGGUUUACUGAGGAACUGAGAGCUGUCAGCUCGUGGUGUUCCCAUGCGAUUCAGUGAAAGCUGCGCUUCCCUUACUUCCUUAGUCAGAAUUAGUUACUUCUCUGGGAGCAAACACGCUACCAAAAGGCAUUCCCUCCAUAAAGGGCGACUUUGAGGCUAAAUGGGCCGAGCUCCACAAGCAAGUGCUCCAAGAAAUCCAGCUGUGUCAACCGGCUCUCCCAGGCUGACCCUUCUCCUCCACGCAGCCCAUCAAGGACUUGGGUUGCUUCAUGCCCCCAAGACCAGCCAGUACAAACCCCAGUAGCGCUGGGUCAGGACCUAAUCCUGCCAGUUGCAUCCGUGCCUCUCGGAACUCGAGUUACUCAGCAACUAACAGCCCAAGGCCCUCCAACCGCUCCUGCCACCCCAUCUCCUUUUUAAAAGACUGUUUUAAACUUAAGAAAGCAAGCACAUUAUUAAGAUAACUAUAUUUAGUGUGACUUAAAAAGUCACAACUUCAAAAUAUUAAGCAGUAUUCUGUGAGGUCCUCUAACAUUUAAUACAUAUGGGAGUAUAAAAACAGCAGCCAGCCUUCAGCUCCACUGAUCCUCUGUGCAGGUUUGCCACCUCUGGUCACACGAUCUCCCCUCUCAUGGGCCCAGAGAAGCGCAAGAGUCAGCAGCUGUAACUGCAUAAAAUGGCAACAUUCAAGUAAACACACUGAUUCAACAGUAGGCAACCUUUAGUCCAAAUAGAAUUUACACGGGAAAAAAAAAAAACAAACCGAAACUUUACAGCAAGAACAUUGGAGACGGAUGGGUUUUUCUGUCUGUGUGUGAAAUGACACGUUAGCCAGAAAGGGCUUAUCUGAAAAGUGCAAUUAUGCAAAGACAGAAGCUUUUUUAAAAUAAAGUUGUAUAACCUCCAGAACCUGUUGGAUUUUAAAACCUAACUACAGAAAGAAUGAGGAUUGCAAUAGUGGCGAGGAACUUCUGUAAUUUCAGUGAUUUAAGGCAAGCUGUUAGCAGGACCAGUACGUUCAUGUUCCUUUUACCUAUCGUCUCGCAUGCCCCCCUGCUCUCUUGAAAUAUGUGCCCGUACAGAUAGUGCAAGAGGUCACACCCCAAAAGCAGCCCUCAAACUGGAAGAAGAAUCUUGGAGCAACAGUUGCUACAGCAUAGCAUCCAUUCGGCAUUUGCAAUGACAGUAAUUAGGUUGUCGUCUUUUUUUGGGGGAGGAAAGCAAGGGACACAGAUGUGUUGCAUGAAGAAGACACCACCUAAAUGCAUUAAUGAACACAAGUGAGCACUGCAGCCAGUCUGGCAUCUACCAGUACACUCGAGAACUCUCCAGCUUUGCUCAAGCAUAAGGGUUUUAUCCUGAGCAAGAUUCUGACCUCAGGGAGGAAACUGAUGCCUGCAGCCCUUAUGCUUUUGCAGCUCCCAUCUUUGCUAGGUGUUACAGGUCCAGCCUGGCGGAACAAGACACGGUAUUUCUCAGCAAAAGAAAAAUGUACUCAUGGCACUGCAUCAGGUGGGUUCCUAAAGUUUUUCAAGGGCAAACGAAAAGGCUGACGGCUCCCUCUUAGGGAGCAGGUGCUCCAUCUUCAAUUGAUCGUCCGUACAGGUAUCCCGACCCAGGAAGAGGCUGUGUGAUGACAAAAGCCCCUGAGCCACAUGCAAUGUAGCUCAAGUCGGUCACUCUAUUGCACUCCAAAACCAGCACCCGGGAGGACCACCACUUUGUUUGCAGGUUGACUUGGCUCCCUUUCAAAGGGGCAAUUGCAUGCAGAUUAAAAGCAAUAUACCAAAAAGUAUGGCAAAUAGAUAAUACUUGGGUCAAUUAAAAAAAAAAAUAGAUUACUCAUCCAGGCAUAAAAUCCCAGGAGCAAAGGAUGGUAACCUUAAACUAUUCAAGUCUAAGAACAAGAGGUAGAGAUACCUGUGUACUUCAUGGUGAAGGAGUUACAGCCUUCUGUCUUACAAUCUCAUGCAUUUCACUUCAGUUGGCAAUAUAAAGCCAAAGAUUCAAUCUUCAAUAGUCCAGAGAACAAAUUCUAACACUGGUGGUUUUGUCUGCACACCACAAAAUUUAAGCAGACACUUAGCUUUCAAUACUUAUUUGAAAAAAUGUUUAUGGUUUGCUAUAUAUUGAAACACUACCCUGAAGAAAUUUGCAUUUCAGGUUAAGUAUCUUCCUUUUUAAUAUGAAAGGCUAAAUUCACAUGCACGCAUUUUGAGCAGAAUGAGCUCAAAGGAAGAACUGGGUGCCCAAUUUACCGAGGAUCUUCUAAAAAAAAGAUCACACUGCAGAACACAAGGCUACAAGACCCAGAAAUUCACAAUGAUGAUCAUUUUGCUAUGAAUGGGAAUGAUGUAACCUCAGCCAACAAAUUACAUCAUGACUGAGGUGGCUUUUAACUACAUGGUGUUUCUUUAACUUUGCUGGGGUUUUUGGAAACAAGGCUUAGAACUGUAAGGAAGAUACUUCCCUUGACAGUGUCAUGAAAAUACUAAGGUCACUAAGUCAGCGCACAGCCAUGUCUGGGAACCAGAGGGGACAGGCGAGUGGAUCCUGUCCAGGGAUCCACAGGUUCUUCAGGCUCUGACACACAAGGAAUGAAAGAGAAGUCACAGAGGCAAAGCUGCUGCUGCCCCUGCACUCUGCCCCCCACCCGACAGCCCUCCCACCCUCGGGAUGAGGGGCUGCAUCUACUGGCAACCAACCCCGACUUGCUCGGCAGCAGAGCAGGGUGAACUCUACUCAUGCUCUGAAAGGUGCUCGGCUGAAAAGCUAUCGUGGUCCAGGGGCUGGUCCAUGGGCCCACCUGCCCUGCCAGCCUGGGGAAGCCGGCACUCACCCUGGGGUGGACCAAGCUGCCGCAGGCUUCAGCUAUCCAAUUUUAUGCCACCUGCCACACCUUCAUUUAUUAUUCCUGUGGUUUUCAUUACAAUUGCACAGUAUUAAAAAGCUAUAAUUCUCCAUAUAGAAUAGCACCAGCAGCAAGUAAACUCACAAUUCAGCAUUCAAUUUCAAUUAAUUUCCUCAGUCAUUGUUUAUGGCCAACUAUGGGCGGAAUCUUUCAAAUCCUUACUUGAGCCAAUAAAUAGUCUUUGACCUCAGAAACGCACCCAUACAAGUGAAAAUAAGCACAGCUGAGCCUCCAGUUAUCUGGGAGCCAAAUCUUAAAAGUGUAGCAAACUAAAAUGGUGCAGGUGGUCAGCGUUUUAUUACCCAGGAGUUGUAUUUUUUUGUGUAUAAGAGAAGGCAAUGAAAUGCCAGAGUGUGGAUAUCAGACCAGUUUUCCAGUAUAUUACUAAAACUAUCUAUAUAGUUAUCUAUAGUUAUUUAACCCCAGUUGCAGCAGAUUCACUACAUGUAUCAAGUUUUCUAAUGCAUACCCUAAUUUUAAAAAAUUAAAUAGUUGCAAUGGUUUCAAGGAUUCCAGCAGCAUCACUGCUUACUACAGUCCUGUGCCCUAUACAAUAAAGAUUUAAAUUAUAUAAAAAUGAAGAGUGAAUGUAUUUGGUCUGUUCCACAGAAAUUCACAGUUUAACCAUUAAACAAGCAUAUUUUCAGAUGCUCCAAUAUUGUUAAAGACUUCUCAGAAACAUGUACAAAAGCCCACCCCCACGCAGGUACAUUACAGAGUACGCUCUAUGCUUGAUUAGGAUCAUAAAAAUCACCAGGCAAUCCAAGGGAAGGUCUGAUGCCCUCUCUCACUGUCAGCAAAGAGUUGCACCUUCAGCUCCUGGUUCAGAAGUUUAAAACUGAUACAGGUCUGGCUUGCAUUCUGUAAAUGGUAAUUAAAAAACUGAAGUUAGGCUAAAAAUAAGUGACUGGUACUUUGCUAGAUGGAUCAUUUAGCUAUUUUUGCAAGUACUCUACCCAACAGGUGGAGUUGCUCCUGCUAGGCUGAAAGCAGCAGAACAAGAGCAAGGCUGUCCUCUUGUACUGAAAGCACGGGACUUAACCCACAGAGAAAUUUUAUGUCCUUUCCCCAACAGGAAACAAGAUUUUUCCCUUCCUGUAUAUUCACCACCACUGCCUUUAGAAGAAGCUGUACCACAUGCAAUGCACUAAAAUGGGCUAAGCCUGGACAUGCUACAGUAAAUUGAUUUCCUUACUGCAAUCCACAUUCAAACCACAAGACAAACACCUCCCUUAAAGAGCUCUGUCCCUCAUACUCCUGAGCUGCUGCAGUUUGGUAUAUAAAUCAGUAGCAGCCACUGCCAUGACUCUGUGUGCACAUGCAUGCACUGGCUAUCCAUUGGAAUUACGUUUUCACACUCUGGACAUUUUAAAUUCCCUUUAGGAAAAAAAAAAUGAAGUGAGGAACAAAUAGUUUAAUAGCUGAAUGAAUGAAUAGUCUCAAACUUACAAACACAGUCUUCAUUUACUAUCAGAUCUCCGUUUGGAACUUUUGCUAACAAAGUAGCCUCUUGUUGGGGAAUUUUUUUCCUUUUUUAAAAUAACAGCACCAGCAAAAGUCUCACCAUAAAUUCAGUUAUACCAGCACAAGUGCUUUGCUCACCAAAUCAGAAUAAGGUUUUGCUGCCAAACAGUGCUUGUGCCACGGUAGCUUGGAAGGUUAUAGUAGCAAGGACAAAGCUUUGGGUACAUUUCCCUAUAAUACAGCAAGUUCAGGGCUCCCCUCUGCAAAGGGACAGACUCAGCUGCAUCUGGAACAACUACAUUUAUUUUCCACAGCUUAACACGUCUCCCAGGCAAGAGCUUGCAGAAGAAGCAUGGACCAAACUCUCCGUUAUUAGAUGAACGAGAUGCUAUCUGUGGCUGGUGGGUUUGUUUUUAAACAGCUUUCAAUACCCACAUUCUGUUAGUGAUUUAUGAUCUCAGACCCAAGCUAUUGCAUAGGCUGCACACCAGCAAAGCCAGUGACAGAAUUCAGGCAGAUCCUCCUCCUCUCUCUGCUAACCCCUCUAGGGCACAGCAGAUGGGCAAAGCAUGCCAUCCUGGAUCCAGUGGCAAGCUCGCCCCUUCAGACCUGUUUCCCUUUAGCUUUAAAACCCUUGUAUCACAAAAGCCAUUAGAUGCUAUGGAUGACUGUCCAGCUGGUUUUGGUUUGGUUUUUUAACUGAAGCUGUUUUGUGACCCUGAAAUGCAGCUCUGAAAAUAAAGGGUGUGUAAUGGAAGUGUAUCAAAUUCAUUAAGCCAGUACUUAGCUCUAUAGAAAGCCUUGGCAAUCAUCCCUUUUACCAAAAGGUGUAAAAAAGUUGACAUACUAAAAUUAAAAAAGGUAGCAUCAAUAACCAAAAAAGUUUCAACCAGUGUUAAUAAAACUCCCUUUAAGUCACAAGUUUCAACAGGCAAAUAGUCCCAAUACAGGCAUUGUAAAAUAAUAAAUUGACUCCUAUCCAAAUAUUAUCAAAUCAGUCUAAAAAUGACUCAUCUACACUGUUGUCAUUAAGAACACAUUAAGAAUUCACUUUGUCAUCAGAUGCCGAUAUUGUUGCUCCAGAAAGUGUGGAGUAUUAACUGCAAUUUAGCAAUUAAACAUAGGUUUUAAAAAAUUGGUUUGUCAAUAUUAAUGCAAAAGAUAGUUCCUUACAUGGAAGUACUGUGCUUGCCAGACAAGUAAGAUAAUACUUUAGUUAUAAAUCAAACAAAUUAAAGCAGAAUUAUACCACAGUUUUCCUUGAAGACUUAGGGUUUGUGUGUUGCUUCUGUCAAUGUUUAGCAAACUUAAGAAGGAGAACCUUUGGUUCUUUGAGUCAAGUAAAAAUAUUCUCAUGUAACCACAAAAAUACAACUUCCAGAGAAAAAUGGAAGUCCAUCAAGAAGUCCACUUUCAAUAAAACUGAGGUAGUACUGCUCUUUUAUUAUGUGAUGUGUAAGAGAUUUAGAUACAAAUCAUCAUCUACCACUCAGUUGACUGACAGGUACAGUAAUUUUAUAAAAAAACCCCAACGUUUUAGUUUGAAACCCCAAAAAACUAAUGAAUGAUCUGGACUCAUUCACUGGGAGUUAGCUUAAAAUGGGAAUCAGCCGUAUUACAAAGAGCUGUUGCUUAUGUUUUUUUAGAGCCUUAUUACUGGGGGAUUAAUGCAUUUAUAGUUAACAGUUAACACUGCUGUUCAUCUUGGUAUAAAACCUUAAAAUUAUUACAGCCUAAAAUUUCAACAAUGUAAACAGCACUACACACAGUACAGACCUGCCCUGACAGAUGUAGUAUGAAAAACUUAAUCUGGCACUGUAUAAUUUAGCAAUGUUAAUUUAACCUACCUAAAAAGAUCUACGUUGUGCAAGAAAUAUCAGACUUACUUAUACUAAUCUGAAGUCUUAAAAAAAAAAAAAAAAACAAAACCAAAAAUGCUUAACUUG